AUGAGGGGAGAUGGGGGUGGUUGGGGUUUUGUUUUUUUGGGGUUUUUAUGGUUGUGUUGGGUGUUUUUGGAGUGGGGGGGUGGGGGGUGGUGGGUGUUGGGGGGUGGGGUGUGGGGUGGGGGUUGGGGGGGUUUGUGGGUUGGGGGGUUGGGGUUUUUGUGGGGGGGGUUGUGUGGGGGUGUGGGGGGGGGUUGGUGUGUGUUUGUGUUUGGUUGGGUGGUUUGGGGGGUGGGGGGUUGGGGUGGGGUUGGGGUGGGGGGUGUGGGGGGUGGGGGGGGGUUUGUGGUUUUGGGUGGUUGGUGGUGUGUUGGUGUGGGUGGGUUGGGUGUGUUGUUGGUGGGGUUGGGGGUUUGGUGGGGUUGUGGUGUGGGGUGUGGGGGGUGUGGUUGUUGUGGUUUUGGGGUGGGUUGUGGGGGGGGGGGGUUUUGA